CGCCCUGCUCCCUCCCUCGGUUUCCCCGCUGACUCCGGGCUCACUGAAGACGCCCUUAGCAACAACACACAGCUCAGAAUAAGAUCCUCUCUCCACGCUCAAGAGGGAUUUAACAGCACUGACUUUCGGCUGAAGCUCUUCGCGAAGAGGACCCUCCGCUCGUUUUCCGUUGCGGACAUGGAGAUGAUGUGCGGCUCUUGCUCGCCUGAUCAUUUGGCUAGCUUCCACUGAGGAACAGUGAAACAGCUCCGAGCUGUCCCAAAGCAGGACGAAUCUCUGGGGGGGCUCCGCGAGUGGCAGCAUCGCUGUUUGCUAACUACCGAGUCAGCUAACCGGGACGGGAAUGGUGCUCUGGACACGCUCAUUGUCCUGUCAGAGAAAGGGGAGGGUUGCGAGGGCCAAGACAGCCAGCUGUGAUACUCGGACUCAAACUGUUCUCAGCGGAGGGAGCGGCUUCGGUCCGGACGGGUUGUUUUUGUGGCUGCUUUGAGAGCUAGCUGGGCUGGCUAGCUGCGGGUAACGACCCCCACUGCCUGUUGAAGUCUUUCCAGACUGCAGGCGAGGCUAAUGUUAGCCAGAAGUAUAAAUACAGCAAUCCGUGGUUUUAAUAAAGCCGGGAAUCACCGUUAAAUAUCAGAAUAAAGAGAAAGAGUGAAUCCCCCACAAAGAAGCAAAAAAAAAAAAAAAAACAACAACAACAACAACUUGAAUUUAAACUAAAGCGGGGAGUGUUUCAAACACAAGAAAGACUUUAAAACAAAGUUUUUAGAUGCUACUAGCUGAGUUUGCUAGGUGAAAACGGUGCGGACGCUUUUCUCUUUUUUUUUUUGUCUUCGUCUCUUUGGAUGCUGGAAUCACGUUUUAACAGCAAAUAUGAUGAUAAUAAGCAGAAAACCAGAAGCCCCGAUAGCAACAGCGCGCCAUGGUGACGGCCUGUACGACUCCUACAUGAGAACAGACCACAUUCUGAAAGACGAAGCAGACGCAAACAGCCCUUCUGGACUGCCCCCGAUGCCCAAGCACACAGUUGUCGGUAACAAGGUUGUAAUGAGGGAUCAAAUGAGUGUGCGAGGUGGCCAGUUGAAGGUCAAGUACCUGUAUGAAGACUCAACCAAUAACCGGAAAAUCAACGCUAUAACCACAGCUGUCAUUCAGAACACUGGGAGCACUGGGCAGACGCCCUCCAAAACCACCGUCUCCACCCUGUCCAAGGAUCACAGUGCGGACAGCUCUGACUCCAGUAAGGGCUCCAGUGAAUCGUCUGGCUCACAAGGAGCUGGAAAUGGCAGCAAACUGUGCAACACCCUGACUCCUGAUCAGGCUCUGCGACUCUACCGGUCCCAGCUGACCACCCUGGAGCACACAGAGAUCCAGGCGUACCCAGAUAUCUACUUCGUGGGACCCAACGCGAGGAAAAGGCCCGUCGUUCCCGGCGGAAGCAACAACUGCGGCUAUGACGACGAGCAGGGUGGCUACAUUCAUGUUCCUCACGACCACCUGGCGUACCGAUAUGAGUUUCUGAAGAUCAUCGGUAAGGGUAGCUUUGGUCAAGUGGCCAAAGUCUACGACCACAAGCUGCAGCAGCACCUGGCUCUCAAGAUGGUGCGCAACGAGAAGCGCUUCCACCGGCAAGCGCAGGAGGAGAUCCGCAUCUUGGAGCACCUGCGCAAGCAGGACCGCAACGGCGCCAUGAACGUGGUGCACAUGCUGGAGAACUUCACCUUCCGCAACCACAUCUGUAUGACCUUCGAGCUGCUCAGCAUGAACCUGUACGAGCUCAUCAAGCGCAACAAGUUUCAAGGCUUCAGUUUGCCCCUGGUCAGGAAGUUUGCGCACUCCAUCCUGCAGUGUCUCGACGCGCUGUACCGGCACAGGAUCAUCCACUGUGACCUGAAGCCUGAGAACAUCCUGCUGAAACAGCAGGGCCGCAGCGGCAUCAAGGUGAUUGACUUUGGCUCCAGCUGCUUUGAGCACCAGCGAGUCUACACCUACAUUCAGUCGCGCUUUUACCGGGCUCCGGAGGUGAUCCUCGGCUCGCGCUACGGCCUUCCAAUCGACAUGUGGAGCUUCGGCUGCAUCCUGGCCGAGCUGCUGACGGGCUACCCGCUGUUUCCCGGUGAGGACGAGGGUGACCAGCUGGCCUGCGUCAUGGAGCUGCUCGGCAUGCCCCCCCAGAAGAUCCUGGAGCAGGCCAAGAGAGCGAAGAACUUCAUCAAUUCCAAGGGUCAGCCUCGCUACUGCGGGGUCAGCACCCUGCCGACCGGCGCCACUGUGCUGACGGGGUCGCGCUCGCGGCGCGGCAAGAUGCGAGGCCCGCCGGGCAGCAAAGAUUGGAGCGUCGCGCUCAAAGGCUGCGAGGACCCCACCUUUACGGACUUCUUAAAGAAGUGUUUGGACUGGGACCCCUCUUCCCGCCUCACGCCUAGCCAGGCCCUCAGACACCCCUGGCUGUACCGCCGGCUUCCCAAGCCCCUCCCUGGGACAGAGAAGAGCCAAGGGGUGCCUGUGAAACGGCUCCCCGAGCACCACAGCACCUCCUUCCCCUCCAUCAUGACGAAGGGCGGACAGGGCCUAGGCACAACGGCUCCCGGCAACAAACUCAAGAGCAACAUGAUUGGAGACUCAGGGGAGACCAUCCCUCUUCGCACAGUCCUACCUAAACUUGUCUCCUAAUAAAACAACAAAAAAAAAGUGAGAGAGAAUCCUCUGAUCUCCGCUCGUUCCACCCACUCCUCAGGAGGAGUCCCACAUGGAGGACGAGGUUUUAAAACUGGUUUGGUUGUUCUUCUACUUGUGUUUUUUCUACUGAGGUGUCGACACCCCAGUUUCUGGUUUUAAUAAUAGCGAAGCAAAGAAAGAGAAAUCAUGAUAACAAACGAACAAAAAAAACAACUUAGAGGUUUUUAUACAGAGGAUUUCCUUUAAUGGCUGUGAAUUUUUCAGUUUGCAGCCUGUUGAUUUUUAGAUGAUGCUUUUUUGGGGGGGAAAAAAGAAAAUGUUCCUUGUGAGUGGACAGCUUUUUAUUUGUGAAAAGAGAAGAUGUUUUUAAACCUCUGCGUGAUCUCUCAUGAGCGUUGUAGCAAAAACGCACUCGAGCACACCUGCACUGUCACUUGGCUCACUUCACACGGGACGCCGCCAUUUUGAAUUCUCACUUUACACAUGCAAAACUUGAAAAGGGCUAUAGAGAUUACUCCUAUCAGGUUAGAGCUCGCGGGGUAGAAGGUGUGUGCUAGGCCAACGGAAGUCGACGGAAAAGAGAAACGCGACACAAAUGUGAAUUCUACGAUUUUAAAGAGGUGAAAUAGGACUGGCUUUAUUUGUGGGGAAUAAUUACAAAUCGCAGCGCCUUGUAAACUAUUCACACUGCCUUGACAUUUUCUGUACAUUUUGUCAUAUUGCAACCUCCAAGCUGGGGAUGUUUUUAGCACAGCGGGUUUCUCCCUGACCCGUCUGGUUUGGUCCUUGGUCUUCGUGAUGCUGUUUGUUCAGUGACACUCUCUGGAAAACGUCUUUUGAAGUCACAGAACAGGCGCAUUUCUCGGAUUUUGUAAUGCAAAAUUAUCAAACGACCCGACUGCAUCCUUCAAAAGAUUUUUUUUUCAAGAGGCUUCAACUCUUAAAAAAAAGUGGGAUCAAUUCUGGGAAGCUUCCCUACUGAAGACGAGGGUUCCCACACCAUAAUGCUGCCACUACCAUGUCUUACAGCAUUAAUAAAGAGGGAUGGGGGCAAUCGGAGAUAAGUAAACUUGGGGCAAAUUUUACGAAUAUUUUAGAAUUUUGUGUUGCAUGGAAUAAUUGGGUUUCCAUUACUCUUCACUGGCCUUACAGUGAAGAGUUCCCCCACCAUGAGGCUUCCAUUACCUUCUUUCACCUUAGAGGUGGUGGGUGAGAUUUACUCCAGCAAGCCUAUUUAUCCAUUAGAUGAUUUCUGAAUGUGAUUGACCGUAUCGGAUGCAAAGGGCUUCACUUAUUGGGCCGAAUCCAAAUGCAAGGUACUAUUCCGAUUUUUUAUUUAUUUUUUUUGUUGAAGACCAUGUACCAUUUUGAGUUUGUGGUUGUAACAUGUCAAAGUGUAAAAAAAAAAAAAAUGUUCAAAACGUAUGAAUAGUUUUCCAAGGCACCUUUCUUCCUGCCUUUCCUUUUGCCUUAAGGACACCAGCCUGCUGUUCGACGGUAAUGUGUGUGUGUGUGUGUGUGUGUGUGUGUGUGUGUGUGUGUGUGUGUGUGUGUGUGUGUGUGUGUGUGUGUGUGUGUGUGUGUGUGUGCUUUAGCCGCGAGGUGCUACAGUGGGAAACAUGGAGGGGAAGGGCAAAGGGCAACCUAAUUACAGCUUCUCCUAGUUUCACCACACUGGUGGGGGGGGGGGGAAUGACAGUAGCACCAAAGGCGUCACCAUCAUACUCAGAACUUCGCAAGUGGUUUUACGAGAGGCCGGCUCACGUCACCUGGUAAAUAUAUAGAGACAGAACCAGGGUAGUGCACACAAAAGCAUGCAGGGCUGUCGUUACGAAACACGCACUCUGCCCUGUGAUAGACGGACAUUGUGAGGUAGCAUGAAGAGCAGAACAUUUUCAAAUGAGCCCAGAUGUAAAAGUUGGCGAUGAUUACUAUUGUACUGAAGAUCGACGCGUUUCUCAGGGAGACAUGCUUGAUGCAUCCUUUUCAUUCACUGUGCUCCUCACCAGUCAUUCACCGCAUGCAGAUCUGUCCGCAGAGAGCGAGAGACUUCUUUUUUUUUUUUUCCCCAAACAGGAGGGCGGGUUGUGUGCAUGCGCUUCAAUCUGACCUAGAUUCAUCCCCCACUCUUCACCCAACAACUAUCUCCUCUCUUCUCUGUCUGGUGUCGAGCGGGGAACCUCUCUGACGCACAGAUAGUGGAACAUGGUGCUGUCCGAACACUGAAACCCGUCAGGUGCAUGUUGAUUAUGGACCACACCGUUUAAAGACUCUCAGCCCUUGUUUUCUAAGCGACUCUGUCAGGGAUUUGUACUACUCCUCUGUUUUAUAUAUAUAUAUAUAUAGACAGAGAGAGAGAGAGGUGGUUUCUAAUUGCUUUUCACAUGAGAUUAUCAAGAGGAUGUAAAACCUGAAAGUUGAGAAAGUUGUGCACUGACACGUUGUGCUCGAGGUGUGCGAGUCAGUCAGUCGGGCGGUGGUGUGUUUGGUGUUCAGCAUGAAAUCACAACUUGUUAUCAAGACCGAGCAACUGGCAUGAAAAAGAGAAAUGUACAGUAACCAAAUGAAGUUGUGAUAGUUUCUUUUUCUACAAAAAUAAAAUUUACUGUUAAGUGAAA